UUUAACCAAUUUAUGAUACUUUUAUUCUUACCCUGCCAAUAACCGUUCUUCCAGGAGCUCAUUUUCAAUCCUCCCCUCACAGUCGAAUCUCUUUAGGUCCGUCUGUGAGGGGAGCUAUCUACUUUUCCAUUAAGAGUAUUAUUUGAUACAUUAUGACUCAAAAGAAGAUAAUCCUACGAUCAAGGUCAAUGAAAAACAGGAGGAAACAACAACCUCUCUUGCAACCAUCACCAACCAACGGGAGACUGGCGGAGAUGGCCGGAGGCACCACGGCGGAGUGCGCCGCGGUGUGGUGUUGUUGUCCUUGCACAUUGGUCAAUUUGCUUGUGCUUGUCGUAUAUAAGGUCCCAACAAGCAUAUGCAAAAAAGCGCUAAGAAUGCGAAAGAGGCGGCAAAUGAUGAAAAAUGGUCUCCUUCCGAUCCCAUCAUACACCGGUUCAAGUAGGGGAACACUGACCCCGUGUCGGUGCAACACCCCUUUUGAAGGGAUAAUGGAGAAUCGAACCGAGGGCGAGGAUGUGACAGCGGUGGUGAUGAUGGGUCGUCAUGGUUAUCAGGUGAGUUGCGGCAGUGAUGAAUUAGACAUUAUAAUGGAUAAGGAAUUGAUGCACUUGGAAGAGGAAAUGUGGGAUAAGUUUUAUACUACUGGCUUUUGGAGAAGCCCUUCCCAAAGAGAAAUAAAGAGUCAACAACAUUGAUUUUUUGGUCCUUUUUUUGUUAGCUGGUCUUUUUUUUUUUUUAUAUAGAAGACUUCCUAUUUUUUUAUGUAACUCUAAUUUUUCCUUUAUCUUUAAUUAGUUUGUUUUUGGGUACUUAAUUGUAUUUUAAUUAAUGGUUUGGGUUGGGUAAGGAAGAUAUGAUGAUUUAAGGGUAAUUUUUAUUUUUUGUUAUUCUCUCUUAUUUUUAUUAUAUUGUGAAUGGAUCGAGUGGGGUUGGAUUAUGGUUGUUAAUUAAAGAAAUGAGUGUAUAUAUAGUAUAUCAUACAAUUGCGGAGCCAA